AUGUCCUGCAACCGCACGUCCGCGGAGACGUUUGAAUCCCUGCCGCCCAACGGGAGCCACGCGUGGGAGGCGGCGGCGGCGCCGCUCCGGGGGUGCCUGGCCGGCCUCCUGGUGCUGAUGAUCGCGGUGGGCUUCCUCGGCAACUCCGUGGUCUGCGUCAUCGUGUACCAGCGGCCGGCCAUGCGCUCCGCCAUCAACUUGCUGCUGGCCACGCUGGCCUUCUCGGACAUCAUGCUGUCGCUGUGCUGCAUGCCCUUCGCGGCCGCCACGCUGGUCACCGUGCGCUGGCGCUUCGGCGACUCCUUCUGCCGGCUCUCGGCCGCGCUCUACUGGUUCUUCGUCCUGGAGGGCGUGGCCGCCCUGCUCAUCAUCAGCGUGGACCGCUUCCUCAUCAUCGCCCAGCGCCAGGACCGGCUGACCCCGCGGCGGGCCAAGGCGAUCAUCGCCGCGUCCUGGGCGCUGUCCUUCUGCGUGUCGGCGCCCUCGCUGGCCGGCUGGACCCUGGUGGAGGUGCCGGCGCGGGCCCCCCAGUGCGUGCUGGGCUACACCGAGCUCCCCGCCGGCCGCGCCUACGUGGUGACGCUGGUGGUGGCCGCCUUCUUCGCGCCCUUCGGCGUCAUGCUGGGCUCCUACCUGGGCAUCCUGCACGCCGUGCGCAAGAACGCGGUCCGCGUGCGCAACCAGUCGGACACCCUGGACCUGCGGCAGCUCGCCAGGGCCGGCCUGCGGCGGCGCCAGCGGCAGCAGCAGGUCAGCUUGGACUUGAGUUUCAAAACCAAGGCCUUCACCACCAUCCUCAUCCUCUUCGUGGGCUUCUCCCUGUGCUGGCUGCCGCACGCAGUCUACAGCCUCCUGUCCGUGUUCAGCCGGCGGUUCUACUGCAGCCCCUCCUUCUACACCACCAGCUCCUGCGUCCUGUGGCUCGGCUACAUCAAGUCUGUCUUCAACCCCAUCGUCUACUGCUGGAGGAUCAAAAAGUUCCGCGAGGCCUGCAUAGAGCUGCUGCCCCAGACCUUCCAGAUCCUCCCCAGAGUGCCUGAGCGCAUCCGAAGGCGCGUCCAGCCCAGCACCAUCUACACCUGCAAUGAAAACCAGUCGGCUGUCUAG